AUGAUGAUGACGAUGGACCCGUCGCAAACCUUUGGCAUGGAUGACGAGUUCGACAUCGAUUUGGACAAGCUGCCGGCGGACGAGAGAGAUACGAUCUUAAGCAACGUCACGCCGGACGACAGCGCACCACCAGACGCGUAUUCCCUCGGCCAGAACGACCUUCGACGCGAACUUAUCGAUCGCGGGAUUCAACCGAAGGGAUUUUUCAACGACGAUGCGCUACGAUUGCAGGAAGAAUUCGACCGCGAGCAUGUGUCCGAACGCGAGUCCAGGAUGAAGCACAAGAUUCAGAUGGCAGCCAAGAGCUACCUCCGUGAAACGAUCAAGCGCAAGCGUGAACAGAUGGACACCGAGCUCCGAGAAGAGAUCGACGAACUCGCAGAGAACCCCAAGCUCGAAGUGUGGCUCGACCUCGUCAAGGAAAACACGACACCGGUUGAGGCGCUGCUGCGUGUGAACUCUGUUGCGACGCGCGCCCUCUCGAAGGUGCUUCCAUUCAACUUGAGCCUCCGCGCGUUGAACUUAAGCGGCAACCAGCUCAACGACAUGGCGGGCAAGGCGUUGGCGAAUGUCCUUCGCCGCAACAACUCUCUCGUGAAGAUGGAACUUGAGGGCAACGAGUUUGGGCCAGCCACGGCCAAGGAGUUUGCGUCGGCGCUCUCCACCAAUUCCGGGCUGACGUAUCUGAGCUUGGAGAGCAAUCCCCUCACAAGCGACGAGGCUGACUUUUCUGGCAUUGCCGCGCUGAGCCAGAUGCUGACCACCAACACAACCUUAACUAGCCUCAACUUGUGGCGCACGCGCCUUGGCAUCGACGGUGGAAAGGCGCUGGCGAAAGGCAUGUCUGAAAACAAAACGAUGUUGUGUCUCGACAUUGGAAACAACAAGGUGGCCUUGACUGAUGCGACUAUGAUUUCCCGCACGUUGGCCGAGAACUUGGAUCGGUACGACGCCGUCCAGCGCAAGAAAGGCGAAAUGAAGAAAGGUCAGAUGGAGGCGGCGGAGCGUAUGCGAAAACAGCAUGAAGAAGAACGAAAGCAAAAGGAGCAUGAGCAAUGGCUGGACGAACGACGCGUGGAGCGGCAAACUGAACGCGAUCGCAUCGAAGCAGAGCGGCAGAGAAAGCUCAAGGAAGAAGAGGAUCGACAACGCCAGAUCUCGGACCGCAAGGCGGCGGAGCGGGCCGCUCAGCUCGAGCUGGAAAAGAAGAAGAAGAAAAAGAAGGGCGGAAAGAAAAAGAAGUAG